UUGAAAAGGCACGCCCGUCUCCACAGCUCUGAUAGAAAGAUGUACGAGUGUCCAAGGGAAGGAUGUUCCAGGGUCUACACCAAAGUAAGUUUAAAAACGACACGUUCAAUAACUUGCCUUGUGCCCCCAUGCUUCUGUUUUUGUUUUACUUACUGCUGCUGCUGCUGCUGUUGUUGUUUUAAGUCCCCUUUUAUAUGGAGAAAAGGUUUUCCGAGAAAGAGGGUCACCUUCCCAGUCGAGUCAAAGUAAGCGAUCGUUUACAGCUAUUUCGAGAAAGGUUGUCAGAAAAGGCGCACGUGACAAUCCCGAAAGGUAAUUUGUGGGUGGUUUUAAGUUCACGGUUCUUCAAAGAAAUUUGCAACAAUGGCACGAGAGACCAUGGACUUACGUUUGCGUUUGCUAAAGGAAAGCAACAGAAGUAAGUUCGACAGCUACAGUCUCAGGAACAGUGUAUUGAUCAUAUCCCAUAUUACCUUUUGGGAUUGUGGCGUGCACAUUUUUUCCGACAACCUUUCUCGAAAUAGCUGUUUAGAGCGGUUUUCAUUUGAGUGUCGAAAAGUAAUUGGUUUUGCACUUUCUACACGAUGCGAUUGGCUUAAAAGAUUCGCGCCACCUUUUCAUCCAAUCAGAAGUAAAACCAAAGCCAAUUGUGACGCGCUCGCAUGCAUUUUCCCGCGCUUUGCGUCAGCCACAUGUAAUUACUUCGAGUUUUGAUUGGUUCAAUGUAUUGUCUGUGUCCUAUGUGAUUGGCCAGAGUAAUUACUUUGGUUUUGGUUUUACGACACUCAAACGAAAACCACUCUAUUUGAAAACAGUUGACCCCUUUGUCCGAGCCAAAAAAGCUGAGAACAGCGCAAACGUAUGCUGUGAUUGUCUCGCCUUGACCGCUUUGACCCGGCUGGGGCCUCUUGCCGAGCCAACUUUUGGUAUCUAAUGUAAAUGGUUUGCCAUUUUUUGAAAGGAAUUGUAGGCAAGGUUGGCUCGCCAGGUUCAAUAGCUCGGGUAGAUGAGAGACCCUUCUAUCAGGGACAAGUUUUCUCCAUAUAAAUUGGUCGUGAUUGUUAUUAUGCAGACAGUCAAACUUCUACUUAGGCUUUGGAUAGCACACGAGACGUAGUUGUAGAGUUUGUCGUACAUCUAAACUCGGUCGAACCUCACCGCAACAGUUACCUCUCCAAAAUGGUCAACACUCUACCUCCUACGCUUGUGUUCAGGAUCAAUUGAGGUGUCUUGGUACUCCUCCCCUAAGUCAACAUUAGCACUUACAUGUCACUUAAGGCAAAAUUGUAGCUUAGGGGAGAGGUAGGUGGUCGGUUACCUGAUCCGGUCUCUAUUAGGCAGACUUAUGUACUGAUGGUAUCACAAAUUGUUUCUUUCUCAGGCAUUUAAUCUCAGAGUUCAUAUCAAAGCUUACCACGAGGGGAAUAAACCAUAUCUUUGCACAGUGGAGGGUUGUGACAAAGGAUUCGCUCACAAGGUGCAGUAUACUAGAGUCAGCUAAGUGUUUUCCUGUAGUUAUCAUUGCUUUUGAUAUGGAGCUUAAGCAACAACGACCACGGCCAAGGCCACGGCUGCGAAAACGUCACGUAAAAAGUGAAUUCGCGCUGUUUCAAACUUAAUCGCUCUUUUUCUGUCUCAGUUAAAUAUUGCCGAGUUUUUCUGGAGAUGAAUUCUAAAGGACUACAUAUAAGUUCAGGGAAAAAGAAAAAGAGAGAAGAUUUUUGUCUUGUUUUCGCUUCCUACAUAGAAUUUGUCUGCAAAAUAACAAUUACGGGUUUUUUUUGUAAGGAAAUGUAUGGCCGUUUUGCCGGGCCCAAAAAAGUGACCAUAAUCGCGAGGUGACCGUAUUACCGAGGUGGCCGUAAGGCGGGGUUCCACUGUACAAUAGAAAGCUUUAGAUUCUAAGACGAGAACGACUACGAGUACGAGAUUUUCUUAAUUGUAAGUAGUGCUCGCGCGUGAGGCAGCGUCAUUUUUCCCGGAAAACGUGGUAGCCGUCGAUAUUCAACUACGAGUUUUAGCGAGAGUGUCGUAGUGGGGGGAACAAGUUAUCAAAUGUUAGAAGUUUUAGCAUUUUGCAAUCGGCAGAGGUCUUAACCUCCUUCAAUAACGAUAACAGUGCUAACUUUUCUGGCGAAAGAAAGAACAAUGAAGAAUUCCUGGGUGUCUAUUUUUUGACAAUACGCGAAAAACUUUAAAUCAAAUCUCGUACUCGUACUCAUUCUCGUCCUCGAAUCUAAAGGUCUCCAGUGAUUUGUAUAAGUGUCCUUCCACGCCACGACCUCAUAACUGGAUUGCCUGUGGCAAAGCAUCAUGAAAAAUCUGAGAAGUGUGUAUGUCGAACAACGACAAAAUGGUGGAUGCGUAACCCGGAAGGCGUCGCGUGCCCUGUCCCCCCUGCGAUGGGGACGAUCAUUUGACAUUUAGUGGGGGGAUAGUCAUUUCAGAUAUUAACAAACAGACUUGCAUGGAGUUAAAAUAGUCACUGAUUCAGGACUUAUUUAUCCUAGACAAUCACAUACCCUGUAACUUCAAAUAAGAAUAUGUCCUUAUCCCUGGGUAGCUUUGCACUCAAGCCGGAAAGAGUGUAAUUAUCAUCACUCUUUGUAAACUGCUAGACUAUCGCGCAGCCGGUAGCCCAGUGUACUCUCAUUAUGAGGGUCUUGUUUCUUUAUGUCUGCUCACUGGAGCGGAAUGCCGGAAAAGACUAUUUGAAUAUGUUUAUGACCCCUAAGUACACCGUUUAUGACCCGUAUCACGCAUUUUGUAAACAACCUACACAACUGUAUAUGUCUGUACAGACACGAGGAAACAUACGUGUGAACUACAAGUACCUAGAGGUAAUCAAUAAUGCCGACUUAAGAAAGAAAAAUUUUUUGAUCAUGUGCUUGCAUUCCCGUGGCGAACCGGGACGACCUAAUUGCAAGCCCUAGGAAUGCAAUACAUGUACAUUAAUUUUGUACCUCUACUAAAAGUCAAAUCUUGUUCCACAGGUUUCUCUCAAACAGCACAUGAUUCUCCAUUCUCAAAACAAAAUUAAUCUUAAAGCACCUUCACGAGGUCAAUCAGCACAAAAGGUACAUUGGUAAUUUUAUAAUAAUGGUUUGUCGUUAUAAUUAUAUACUUCGUGUAUUUGAACCUAAGUACAUGCAGUUUAUCGUUGUUGCUUACCUUCUUCGUUUUAAGACCUGUAUAUUUGCUUACUGGUAUUUUUGUUUCUCCGUCAGUGUAGUUCUUUUCCAUGAUAUUUAAGUGUAGAAAUGACAAGUGCUGAAAAUGCAAAUAGUUGUUUGAUCUAGCCUUUUCAAUAGAGUACUAAAGUGUGACGUCAUAAAAAUGAAAUUUCUGAAAUUAUGGGAUUUGUCAGGAUAUUCUGAAAGAACAAUGCCCAAGAGGCCUAUCUGCCAAAAAUGAGCAUUUCUGGGCAAAUUGUCCCUGAGAUCGUAGCCCAGUUAUGCUUAGAAAACUCCAUACAAACCCUUCUAAAUUUUUUUUGGGUCGACCCAAAAAAAAAUUAGAAGGGUUUGUAUGGAGUUUUUUGAGUUUUACCGGAUAAUAUCUCAGAGACAAUUUGCCCCGAAAUGCUCAUUUUUGGUAAGUAGGCCUCUUGGACAUUGUUCUUUCAGAAUAUCCUGACAAAUCCCAUAAUUUCAGAAAUUUCGUUUUUAUGACGUCAUCACUUUAGUACUCUAUACUACGACUUGUAACUACUAUGCAAACCACGUGAAUGUCCGGCAACAUGGGCAACGUGGGCAACAGAAAAGGUCAUUUUAGUACUGUAGUAGAUGCAUGCACAAUACUUAAAACGGUUAGACCGCUGGUCUUCUCGGAUAAGAUGAAAAAACCGUAGGUCUGGUCUCACAGCACUUGCUUUUCUCUGGUUUUUGUGGGACGUGAAAGAACCCACACCACCGUUCGAAAAGAGUAGGGGACGUGGACCCCGGUAGUGUGGCCAACCUAUCCUCGGAUGGGUGGUUUAUCUUUAAGGACACACUCAAAUUGGGGCCCCGCUCAGUUGUGUGUUCUGCACCAUUUAGUGGAAGUGAUUAAAUAAAUAAAUAAAUAAAUAAAUAGUAGUAUAUUAGAAAGUAUCUUAGUUAUCGUGGUUUUUGUAAUAUAGGACUUCACCUUAUGGUUAUCGAUUGUCUCACUAUAGUAACUUGGUUGUGCUGUGCUUAUUUCCCUAGAAAAAAUCAAAAAAGAAAAGAAGACCCGUUUCUCUGGCCAAAAAACUAAGUGGAUAUCGUUCGUCUUCGCUUUCUGAAAGUUCAGACACUCACACCUCGGAAGCAGGGUCAAGGAGGAGAAAGUCGUCACGCCUUGCUCAGAACAAGACUGGUAUCAACACUGUGAAUGCAAAUAAUGUCCACGACCGUACUGCUUCUCAGAGCAACACUGCCAGUUUAAGAAACGUUGAAGAAUCUACGACUUCCUUGCCCUCAAUUAACGCUGCAAACUCGCAUGAAGGUCCAAAAAAGACUGCAGUGAAUAUGGACCUGCCUGAAGAGGUUCAAGUUGAUUCUUCCCCAGUCCCCUCCGGCUCAGUACGUUUAAGUGACACCCCAGCAGUGGAUAAACAACACGGCACUUCUUCAGCCCUGUCCUCGAACUUGGUGCCAGCAGUAUUAGCUGAGGAAAUG